UUUUCAAUAGACGUCAGUUCUUCCCGCCGUAAGAGCAGAAAGGCUCACUUCACUGCUACCUCUGAUGUUCGUCGCAAGAUCAUGAGUGCUCCUUUAUCUAAGGAACUCCGUGAAAAGUACGGUGUUCGUUCUAUUCCUGUCCGUAAGGAUGAUGAAGUUCAAAUUGUUCGCGGUACUUACAAGGGCCGUGAAGGUAAAAUCACUCAAGUUUACCGUAAGAAGUGGGUUAUUCACGUCGACCGUGUCGCUCGUGAAAAGGUCAACGGUGCCACUGUUCCCAUUGGUCUCUCUGCUUCCAAAGUUGUUAUCACCAACCUUAAGUUAGACAAGUCUCGUCUUGCUAUUCUCGAACGUAAGGGUAAGAAGGACGCCAUGAAGCAGGUAAAUUAUCUUAAUCAAUAUAGUUGA